AUGGAACAAGAUUUAGAUGUUGUGGAUUUAGUUUCAUCACUUUUGGAUUCUGGCAAAUACAAAGAAGCACUGAAUAAAAUUGAAAAGAAAUGUGCUAAUUCUUUCAAAGAUAAUUGUUGGGAUUUGAUAUCUGUUGUUGUUGGUAAGAUCCAGAUUGAUACAAUGAUAAUAAAACCAUCACUUUAUGGGACAUGUGAAGAAUUAUUGGCAAUUAUAGUUCAAAAAGCAUCUCCUGAAGAAGCUCUAUUAGAGUUCAUUGAACAAAUAGAAGUUGCGAAAAAUGAUGCACAGUUUGCCAUUAUAUUAGAGCCAUUACAACAACUUCUCCUUAAACUAUCUAUUAAAAGGGGUAGAUCUUUAGAAUGGUGUUUAAACUCAAUUAGCACCUAUAUUGAAACAAUUCCAAUACCAGAACAUCAUUUAGAAGAAAAAGAAAGAUUAUUAAUGGAUUGUGAUCCUAAUAUUAGGCGGAUAAUUAAAAUUUAUUCUUUAUUGCCACCUUUCAUCAGUCCUUUUGUGAAAGAAACAGCAGUGUCUAAUAUCAAUCAAAGAACAGCAGAAAUUUUGGCUGCAUUUUUGAUUAGCUUGCUCGGUAAACCUUUAAUUUAUGUGGAUUUAGAUCCUGAUUCUAAUAAAAAUAGUGAAGGUAGGACAUGUGCUAAUACUAUCAUUCAAGAUAUAUGCACAUUGGUCAAAAAUAUAUACAAAUUUUUAGAAUAUGUAGAAUUACAUUUUAAACAAGAUCAGAAACAAAAAUCUAAGAAUAUUGUUGUUAGUGAUAGUGAAGAGGAGUUAUCACCAUAUGACCAUAAAGAGAAAAUUAAUAUGACAACAUUAUCAGGCCUAUUCUAUACUACUUUAUCCGGACAAUUCACGCUACCAGAUUUUGCUUUACCAUUGGUUUAUUCUUCAGAAUAUGUGACAAAUAUAGUGUUGCUUUGUGUAGUGCAUCUUCUAAGUUUUGUACAAUAUGGUCCUCUUGCUAAGGGCAUAUCUCUAUGUUAUAAAAUAUUGAACAAUGGUUCUAAUAACUUUAUUCAUACAACUCUCAGUAAUCCAGUCCAUUAUAAAUUAUGCAAAAGCUUAGUUAAUAUAUCAAUUUAUUCAAGCUAUGACUAUACUCGUAAGGAAGCAGUGAAAUUAAUCGAUAAUCAUAUUAUGAAGUUUGAUUAUAAAGGCAGAUGUAUGCUUAUUAAAUUCAUACUGGAUACAGCAAACCAUUCAGGAAUGAUAGGGUUUGCAAUAACUUUAUAUAAAAAAUCAAUAGAUAAAGCUUUCCAAGAGCCAGAGUUACCAGAAUGUUUUACUGGUGUGCACUUAAUGGGUAUGAUCAAAAAGAUUUGUUAUUUACCUCAUGGUCCUGAAUCAGACUUAGUAGAGUUAGCAGAUCAAAUAAUUACUGCAUUAAAUUUUCUUAGAUAUUUAGCAUUGAAAGACACUUGCAAUAAGACUGGAAUCAGAGAGUAUUUUUCACUCAUAGAAGAUGAUUACUUGAAAAAUUUGAGAACUGGUCUAAAUAUGUCUAAAGCACAUUAUGAAGUGAAACUGAAGGAUAUAGAAGAAGCUAAAGCAUUGCCAGAGGAACAAGUUGAAGUCUCAAUUAAUGUUGGUGGAAACAUACUUGAUAAAAUACCUACAGAAAACAAAAAACAAAUCAUACAUUCAGCAUUAAAUGCUUUUCAUUUAAUAGAAGGUUUAGUGGCACGCUUAUCUGAGUGUAUUAUUGUUAAUAAAACUCAAGUUGUUGCA